AUGAAAAAGAAAAAGAGACUAGUGAAGCAUAGAGCUAAAGACAAGUUCAGUAUUAUUAUCUUAGCAAGUAAGCCUAUUAAUGUCGAAAGCACUUCAAUUAUUAAUGCUAAAGGAAUUUUAACUAAUACAAAAAAUAUGCCAAUAUCUGAAGACAUUAAAAUUAUCAAAGAAUUAAGCUACCUUGAUACUUUAUUUGAAACUGUGAAUUUCCUUCAAGUGUAUGAAAAAGAGACUAAUAAUAUAUAG